AUGGUUCUCCUGGAAGGACGCCAACUCUCAUCCAGCGUUCUUACGCUGACAUGCCUCGGUUUCCUUCUCAUCGGAUAUGAUAAUGGCCUGUUCGGCGGAUUCGUCAACGGUGCUGCAUUCAACGAUACCUUUCAUACCCCAAGCCCCACCAUCAUCGGCCUCAUUGUUGCUAUAUAUGAAGUGGGAUGUUUCCUCGGUUCAGUACUUACUUCCUUCUUUGGGGAAGCCCUCGGACGCAGAAGGAGUAUUGCCAUCGGGUCCAUCAUAAUGAUCGUGGGAGCCAUCCUUCAAGCCACGGCUUUCUCCCGAGUGCAUCUGAUCAUUGCCCGUGUGGUAUCUGGCGUGGGGAUGGGCUUUAUCAACAGCACGGUCCCAGUCUUCCAAUCAGAAUAUUCUCCCAAGGCCAGCCGCGGACUUUACGUCUGCAUGCAGCUAUCUACGCUCAAUUUCGGCAUUUUUCUGGCCUACUGGAUCGAUUAUGCCUUCUCAACACACACUUCGAGCUACGCAUGGAGAAUCCCCUGUAUACUCCAGUGUAUAUUUCUGCUCCCUAUGCUCCUCAUCGUGGCCAUGGUCCCCGAGACUCCGCGGUGGCUGGCCAGCCAUGAUCGUGGCGACGAGUCGCUCAUGGUGCUGCAAAGGCUUCACCGCCACCGGAUGUCUGACGCCAACAUUCGCCUCUUGCAUGCAGACAUUCUGCAGACGGUGGAGGUCGAAAAGAGCAUCGGUACCGGCAAAUGGAUCGACCUGAUCAAAAAUGACAGUAUCCAAAGUCGCCGGAGAUUCUUGAUCGCCUGCGGGAUUCAAGCUUUCCAGCAAUUGGGAGGCAUCAACGCGGUCAUCUAUUACUCGGGCACGCUGUUCGAAAAGAGUCUGGGCUUCAGCCAGCAUAUGUCGGCUCUGAUGUCGGGCUUCCUGCAGACCUGGUUCUUCCUGGCUUCGUUCAUCCCUUGGCCCCUCAUUGAUCGCGUCGGCCGUCGCCCACUUCUUCUCUCCAUGAUCUCACUCAUGGCCGUGGUGAUGGGGGUCCAGUCAGGCUUGAUUUAUCAAGUUCAGUUCAACACGCCGUCCGCCAAAGCGGCUGGUCGCGCAGCUGCUGCGAUGCUCUUUGUCUUCCAGGGAGCAUUCACUGUAGGGUUCCAGGCUACCGUAUGGGUCUACCCUACUGAGAUUCUGCCUCUUCGUCUCCGCCAACGUGGCUCCUCCGUCUCUACAGCCUGUAACUGGAUUUUCAACUAUAUGAUCGUCCAGAUCACCCCUAUCGCCAUUAGCAAUAUUGGAUAUCGCACUUAUAUCAUCUUCGCCAUUCUAAACGCCUGUUGGGUUCCCAUCAUCUAUUUCUUCUUCCCCGAAACCAAAGGCUUCGAGUUGGAAGACGUUGACCGUUUAUUUGCCAGGGAAGGCAGCGUCACUGCGCGGCGUAUGUCGAGACCCAUAUCAGUUGAUUUGGAUCGGUCUUUUGAAGACAGCCAGAUGGAAAUAGCGAUAGGCAAGACUGAUCCCAAAUUCCAAGAGAUGGAGGAAGUCGCGUAA